AUGAGACUCUUAAUUGCGUCAGAAGAUAGCGGCUGCGUUAAGGAAUGCAUUGCAAAUCGUGGUACUAAUACAGCGGUUCAAACUGGGUUGCAGCCUUUACACUUGCAGUCACAUCUCGCUCAAGGAUUAUUAAACCAUGUUCAGAAAAUACUACAAGUUAAUCAUGCACAAACCUUGCUUGGGCGUGCUAAUGGUAAUCUUGAAUUGGUUAAACUGGAAAUGUCAGAACGUGAGCUAACUGAAGAAGACCAACCUAAGUUUGAAGUUGGAAAUUAUGAGGUCCAAGCUAGUUUAGAGGGUUUGUUUGACGCAGGUAAGCUCUGCGAGAGUUCAAAAAACCAGACCGAGGUAGUUGAUAAAUUUGUUGAAUUAUAUGCUUUACCAGGAGCAGAAUCUACUUAUGUCGCUGCUACAAAAUCGGGAUUGUUGCACUUUUUCACAGUCCACGAUGGGAAACUAUGUGCAACAGUUACUCAUGAGCUGAAAGGGCCUGUAGAUUUUGUUCAAUUAUAUGAUUUGAGUAGCACUAUGAAAGAACAUAUUUUUGCUUACGGCGGGGAGGAGAAUCAGGUGAAGAUUGUCGAAGUUAAGCGCGACUUAUCCCAUGUGACCCAAAUAUGGGCUUGUAAGAAUGUCCCUAAUGACCGGCUAGACCUAAAGGUGCCUAUUUGGCCAGUUGCUCUUAAAUUUUUUGGUGCUUGCGAAGAAUCGAACGACUCCAAGUUAAAUUUGCAGUUCUUAACUAUCUCUCGUUAUGCUCAUCUUAGAUUUUAUCAGACUAACCACGGCCGCAAACCAGUUAAAUCGAUAGACCUUCUGCCCAAAAAGGAAUCGCUGGUCUCUUUACAGUUAGUAGGUGACUUAUCUCCUUUAGGAAAUGCGAAGUCCAGUAAAACUGAUGAGUUUUCUAUAAUUACUACAGAUACCAAGACAAAUGUGUUCCAAUUUUCUACAUCUGGCCAAUUAUUGGGUAAGUUUGGUAGCAGCGACAUAACUGGCUUUUCUUCAGUGGCGGUGGCUCAUAAGCAGCGAUACCUGUUACAGGGUGGUUUAGAUAGGUACCUGCGCGUAUUCAGGUUGAAAGAUCGUGAGUUGUUAAUGAAGGUUUACACCGGUGGUAAAAUUACUGAUGUUAUUCUCCUUGACGAAGCUGAUAUUAAACUUCCAAGCGAUCCAAAAGAUGAAAAGAAGCAUGCUCGUCAAAUGAGGAAAAAAUCUGAAAUGGACGAAUUGGAGGCCAACGAUGAUAUCUGGCUCGAAUUGGACUCUAAAAAGAAGAAGAGAAAGGUAUAA